CAAGACAUUAGACUGAGAAUCUGAGUGUCAUAUAAUCAGGCUGAGUUAUGCACUUUGUUCAGUGAAGGCCAGCACAGAGAGACUGAGGAGAAGCCUCCUUAACCAGAUUCUGAACCAGAACUCCAUAAAACACUGAACAAUGCUCACUUGCUCUUUGCACAAACAACACACACAAUAUACCUGUAUAUGUUCCACAUUGUACAUUGUACUGCACUUUACAUCACCCACAUUCUAUAAAGUUACUCUAGACUUGUUUUCAUACUUUAUUUAUUCCUAAUUAUUGUUCUCUACUCCACUCUUACCUUUAUAUUCAUAGUUGGACAGUUGUGUAAGCAUUUGACUGCAUAUUGUACUGUGUAUGGUUGUGUGUGUGACAAAUACAAUUGGAGUUUACUGACCAACUACUGUAUAAGUACUGUACAUGUGGAAACACAGCUUACAGUUGAGACAAUACAAAUGUAUUUAUACAGUAUGAAGAUGAGCACCAGCCCCCUGGGCCUUUUAUCUAUGCAUAUACAUGCACUUUCUGCAUAUUUCCUUGCAAAUGUCUGUAUUAAUAAUGCAAUUAUUACAAUUAUUAUUACUGUUUUCCCAGACAGUCCUGCUUUUAAUCCUUGGUCCAACAUCUGAUUCUUUUUCCUUCCUGUCCUUUUUCUUUCCAUCCAACCCUCCGUUCCCAUAGGAGGCUAAUGUCAGUGAGACCCAGAAUAGACUGACCUGCUCACAGUCCAAACGCAGCAUAUAGUUACACAUCCCCCGCACACAUUAACAGACGCGUGUCUCAUACUGUAUAUUCUUUCAUGUGUUCAACACUACAGCCGAUUCAAUACACAUAUUUACCACUUUACUGUGAAUACUGUUACGCGUCCUUACACGCAUUGACUGCCUGAGUGGUUUAUUCUAAGGCGCUACGGACUUUCCCAGCCGCCCAAUCAGCCUGCACAAAGGCUGCGCACGCCCCUGCAGAGCGAUGCUGCGCGAGCCCCGCUCCUCCAGCGGAACCGUUCCGUGUGUGGCCUGCUGCAGCUGCAACUCGUGGAGGCGAGGAUGACACCGGCGCUCCCCUCCGUCAAGACAACCUGAUCGUAGCGGGCGGAUCUGUUUCGGCUUUCGGUAAGAAAAAAAAAAACCCAAAACAACGGAACCAUGGCGGUUUUCACGGCACCUUCGCGGACACGUUCGGCCGUGGCCGGGCUCGCAUUCGUCGCGCUGUGGGGAUUUGCGCUCUCCAUCAGCCGCUACUCGAUUCCGGAGGAGAUGGAGGAGGGCUCCUUUGUGGCCAACCUGGCCACGGAUUUGGGUCUGGACGUUCGCAGCUUGGUGCAGCGCAAGGCGAAGCUCGACGUGAUCAACAGCAAGAAUUACCUUGACAUCAACAAAGAGACGGGGGAGCUGCUGAUCCGCGAGAAGAUCGACCGCGAGAGCAUUUGCAUCACCAAGACGACCUCGUGCUUUCUGAAAAUGGAUGUCAUUCUCGAGAGCCCCAUUCGCAUUUUCAACAUCGAGCUGGAAAUCAUGGACAUCAACGACAACGCGCCGCUGUUUCGCAGGAAGACAAUGCACUUGGACAUUUCGGAGGCGACCCCCUCCGGUGAGAGGUUCUCGCUGACGAACGCCGUGGAUGCAGACGUGGGGGCGAAUUCGAUCAAGACCUACUAUCUCAGCGAGAGCCGGUACUUCAACAUCGACAUACAGACUGGCAGCGAUGGCUCCAAAUACGUGGAUUUGGUGCUCGGCGGCCGUUUGGACCGGGAGGAGCAUGCGGUUCAUAAUUUGAUUUUAACCGCUGUGGAUGGGGGGGUGCCUCCCCGCUCCGGCACAGCCAGCAUCAUUAUUAACGUCCUGGACAUCAACGACAACGCCCCCCUCUUCAGUCAGCCGGUAUUUGCAGUCAACGUGUCGGAGAACUCCGCUGCGGGGACGGUGGUCAUGACCUUAAACGCAUCAGACUUGGACGAAGGCUCCAACGCCCAGUUAACCUACUCCUACACCCUGUACACGUCAGAGAAGACCCAGGAGAUCUUCUCCCUGGACCCAAACACAGGUGAAAUCAAGGUGAAGGGGGUGAUCGAUUAUGAGGAGAGCCAAAGUUUCGAGAUGCACAUACAAGCUCAGGACAGGGGGUCCAACCCGCUGUCGGGACACUGUAAAGUGACGGUGUUUGUCACAGACCUGAACGAUAACUACCCCGAGGUGACCAUCAAGUCGGUGAAGAGCGCUCUGAGCGAGGACGUGGCCGUGGGGACGCUGAUCGCAGUGAUCACCGUCAGCGACCGGGACUCGGGGGCCAACGGGGAGGUGAAGCUGAGUCUGCACCAGCAGGAGACGCUGCCGUUCGUCCUGAGCCCGUCCUCAGAGGGCUACUUUGAGCUGCUGACCUCCAAACCGCUAGACAGGGAGGUCAUAGGCAAGUAUGACAUCACGUUCAGCGUGACGGACAAGGGGUCGCCGCCCUUAUCUGAAAACGAGACCAUCACGUUAGAGAUCCUGGACGUCAACGACAACGCGCCCGCGUUCGCCCAGUCCUUCUACACCAUCCACGUGGUGGAGAACAACCUUCCCGGGGCCCUACUGACGUCGCUGAGUGCGUUUGACCCAGAUCUCAACGAGAACCAGUACUUGGUUUACUUCAUCAUGGAGAAGGAGAUCGUGAACACGUCCAUGUCAAUGCUGUUCUCCAUUAACCCAGAGAACGGAGAUCUUUACGCUCUGAAGACCUUCGACUUUGAAAGAGAGAGGGAGUUCCUCUUCCACAUCGAGGCCCGAGACUCUGGCGUCCCCCCGCUGAGCAGCAACGUGACCGUUCACAUCAUCAUACUGGAUCAGAAUGACAACACUCCCGUCAUAGUGUCGCCGUGGCGGGCGCAGGGCUCGGUGGUGGAGGAGGUGAUACCCCGGUCCACAGAGAAGGGACAUCUGGUGGCCAAAGUCAUUGCCAUCGAUGCCGACUCGGAGCAGAACGCCAGGGUCACCUACCAGCUCCUGCAGAUCAGCGACUCCACCCUCUUUAGCCUGGACCAGUACAACGGGGAAAUCCGGACGACGAGGAUGUUCAGUUACCGAGACCCGAGACAACAGAGGCUGGUCAUCGUUGCCAAGGACAACGGCGAACCCGCUCUGUCAGCAACCGUCACCGUUAAGAUAUCAACAGUAGAGCACGUCAUGUCCUUUUCAGAAUUCACCACAGAGCUGCCGCUGGAGUACGACGUCUUCACAGACCUGAACCUGUACCUAGUCAUUGGUUUGGGGGCUGUGUCAUUUCUGCUCCUGAUCACGAUCUUGGUGAUCAUUGUGCUGAAGUGUCAGAAGCCCAAGCCGAAGGCCCUCAAGAUGCCCCCGGCCAACAGGAACAGCGUGAUCAGCAGGAACAGCGUGAUCAGCCAGAGGAGCUCCACCAUCGCGGACUCCACGCUGAUCUCCAGCGAUGCCUACUGGUACAGCCUGUUCCUGGCAGAGACCAGGAAAGGCAAAGUGGUGGUGAGACAGCCCAUAAUUCCCAAAGGAGCUGGGUACUUUGUGUCCAGCAUACCCCGAAGCAUAGGGCCGAGCGAGACCACGGACUCCAGAGCAUCAACCCUGGAGUACUCAAAAUGAAAGGAAGUCCAUUCUACAACUGGAGCAGGGACCCAGAAGAGAACUGCCAUGAUAUAAUCAUCUCUUCACAAGCGUCCCCGGCUGAAAUUCCACGCCCUGUGACUCACACGGAAGAAGUAAAGCAACUGUCCUCCCUCAGUCUCUCUGCUCCAGCUCCUCUGUCUCUCCCCCCAUACGACCGUCGACCAAUAAUCACCUCAGCUUUCUACCUUCCUCAAGCAUGACUCUGCAUGUUCCAACUAUUUGGACGUAGAAUUCAAAUCGCCUAUGACAGCAUUUGAGGACGUUACUAGAGUGGCCUCACGUGUAAAACCAUUCCCUCCUUAGUGCUUUGAAGCUCCUCAUUGGACAAAUCUGCCUUCUCUCCAGGGUUUAUGUCUAUACAGCAUCAUUAGCUCAUAUGUAAAGAGUAAAUCACAGUCAUGCAGCAUCUUUAAGCAAAAGAUGGAAACACAUCCAAAUAAUAAUAAACAUGAAUCAGGGUAAGUAUGAUUCUUCCAUACGUCUGAUAAAUAACUGAACUGUAGCUGGUUUUGUGGUUGAUUUAAGCUUUGCACUUGCUGUUCAGUUUUCCAUUUUAAUAAGUGAGUCUAGCUCGUUUAAGGCUCCUAGUUUCAAGCAGUCAGAAGAAGCAGUGGUUCAACUUCAGAGUUUUCUACAAUGUUUGUCGUAAUUAACAGUGAUGAAUGUGUAAACAUGACGAAAAAAGAAUGAGGGAAAGAAAGCGUCAAAAUGGAAAAACACGAGCGAACAUAAAAGCAAAACGGUUACGUUUCAUUUGAUUGUAGAUAUUGUAGUUCUGUGGAAAUCAAAGCAAGGCCGGUAUUAAACAGAACCCCACCCUGGUAUUAAAUGAAAUACAGUAUCGGACAUACAGUAUGACAAGUAAGUACAAUCUGAGCUCACAGAUUCAAUUUCAGUUUUCUCAUCAGAUAAGACACCGCUGAGUAAAAUGUCAGUUCACCUUCAGUAUAAACUGUUCUCUUUUCUUAUCAGACUGAUAACGAUACAAACACGAACUAGUUUUAAUAACUGCAAAUAGACCAAAUUGUAUAAUUAAAAAAUAAAAUAAGUGAAAGACUCAAAAGCUAAAAAAAGAUAUUUUAUAAUGAUAAGUGCUCUGUUUAUUAAAAGAGUAUAAUUAUUUAAGUGUAUUUAUCUUUGCUCUGGUACAAAUGAACAUCGGGGCCGGGCAGGACACCGUGUAUGGAAUAUUCAUGUUUUUAUAGAUCUUUUAUGUAUUAACUUCUAAUGCUGCUUUCGUGAGCUUCUUUAAUGGCAUUUUGUGUUGCAUAUUAGUAGUUUCGUGCGUAUGAUGUUGUUUUGAUAGUGUACAUCAGUUCAACUGAAACAAGAGUGCUUUUCUUGACCUCAGAGCCGGUGCUGCUGCACUGCUGCCGAGCCCAGGACUUUUACUUUCUCAGAAACAAGGAGCUUAUAGCGGCCGCUCAUUAGGGUGCUAAAUUAUUAAAUCUAAUUGGGUGAGCUGGGGAAAUUGGAUUGUAAGAAGGAGAACAUGGCGUUAUUUAUAGUCGUGUGACAGAGAUGCUGCCGACGCGUCGACGACGCGGGGAAAGAGCAGAUGACAGCACUUUGAAAUAUGCACUGAAUCCAAACACGAGCUCAGAAAUGCAGCCCAGAUGGGGUUUUUUUAUGCCCCGGCUGAACAGUAUCGAGCUACAUAUUCCGAGCGGGUGAAAUCCAACCUCUCGUUUCCUCUCUCGCUGUUGCACAGACUCAGACACAGCCGGCUGUCCGUCCGUCCGUCCGUCCGUCCGUCUGUCUCUCAGACGAAGGACGUCGCUGAACGAGAGCUCUGUAGCUGCGCGGCACGUGCUGCAACAACGACAGUGUUCAAAGAAUUAAUAAUUUGCACUUAUGAUUAGCUCCUUGUGUGCCUUCUGCAUUCGCAAGCGCAUAUAUGUGACUGUUGAUGAAUGAAGCGAUAGCAUUUCCUACAGUAUUACAAAUUCCACUUAACCCCCACGACUAAAUCCCACCUUCACCUGUUGAGGUGUCGCUGAACAGGGACUCAGCCUUUUGUUUUCAGGACAGAUGUUCUAUUUAGAACCAGUAGAUGCAUUUACUGUAAAUUGAACCGCUUUCUACUUUGUGUUUUUUUAUACGGUGGACUUUUUGAUAUCUUCUGUCUUCACUGUGAUCGAGUGGCACAGGGUGCGGGGGGAGGAGGGGGGGCAGAGGGCGGGGGGGGUUUAAUGGUCGUGCUCGGUGUAGUAAAAGUGUUCGUUUGUGUCAUUCGUGCCCACGGCUCACUUCCUCCUCAGCUCAUUUCAGGCUGUACAGUUUGCUCCGAGAGUCGCAUCAAACCUAAUCCACUUCCAUCCCGCUCAGUAGAUCAAAGACAGUACAGGAGAGAAUGGCCUUGCUUUCUUUUUUUUUUUUUCCAAGUCUAGUUAAUUGUUGGAUUUUGAUGUUGCUUUUUGGCUUAAAUAUUCUGCCUGAUCAUGCUAGUUUGAAUAAAGCUUUUUAAUCUGUC